CUGAAGGAGGAAGCAGUGGUCCUAGGAGGGCAGGCGGCCAAUGGAAAGUCCUAAGGAGGAAACGAGCUUGAUGCCUUUGAGAGACUAAAGGGUGGUGGGUGUUUCCUGGGGUGCAGAUGAUGGCCUCGUAUUGUCAGCUGUGGUCUCUGCCUCCUAGGACCUGCCUGUGGGGAGGGACCGGAAGGGGGGAGCAUCUUCCCAAGAAUGGGGGGCACGGGCCAGCCUGACCUUGACUCACUGAUGGAACCAGCUCUCCCCGCAGUGUCUCUAUGUCCAGAAGUCUUGAGCCUGGUUCCUUUACCUUAGGCCAGUGUAAUUCAGAAAACGAGUCAUUGCAAGUCACUGGUGGGAGCUAUUGGGAAGGCUCCAGACCGGGACAAGGGGGGCCAAGGUAGGAUUCCAGCAAGGAGGGCUUUGCAGGAAACGUGCUUUGUGUGGCCAUGGCUAUUGGCUUCACCUGCCUAGGAGGGGUGGGGUGGGGCGAGUGCAGCCCAGAAGGAUGGAGGCCACUGGCCACGAGUGGGGGCUUCCCUCUUUGCUGCAGCCCUCUUCAACGCCCAAGGAGCCCAGGCCCAGCAGGAGAGGCCGGGGCAGAGUGCUGGCUUGAUGCUAGAAACUAGGCUGGAGGAAGGAGUUAAGAAGGCUGGGCUGAUGGCCGCAGAGACAGAGCUGUGUUUAUCCAGGAAAAGAGGUCGUACGUAGGCAACGGAGGCCCCUGCCAGCUCCUCCCAGUAGGACUGGGCUGGGGGAGCAAGCUGGAGAGGAAGCUGCUCAGCUCGGGGCUCUGAACGCCUCCCGGGCAGAGGCCAGAACCCAGCGGCGGCCCACAGCUCCGCCCAGGCCUCCACUGAGACGCUGCAUUUGGACCCCGUUGGCCUCGCAGGGUUGGCACUUUCAUCAGCCCCACCACACCGCAUGUGGCUCCUGGAGAAAGCUGGCUACAAGGUGGGGACCACGGAGCCCGGGGCCUGGUGGGCGCCCUGCAGCCUGUUCCCUAAGCGCCGCGCCCCGGGCCCGCCCGCGCGCGCCUGCCCCAACGUCCUGACCCCCGAUCGCAUCCCGCAGUUCUUCAUCCCGCCUCGGCUCUCGGACCCCGGCGGGGCCGAGCCGCCGUCCCCGCGCGAGGCGGGCAGGCCCGGGCUCCCGGCGGCCUGCUCGCUGCCGCACCUGGCGGGCCGCGAGGGCUGGGCCUUCCUGCCCGAGAGCCCGCACACGCGCCGGCGCGAGUCCCUGUUCCACCCGCCGCCGCCCGCCCCCGCCGGGGGUCUUACCCCGGCGGCCGCCCGGCUGCACCUCUCCGCCCCGGACCUGCGCCUCUGCUGGGCCCCCGACAGCGACACGGCCUCGUCGCCCGACUCGUCGCCCUUCGGCUCGCCGCGGCCGCCCGGGCCGCACGCGCGGUCCCCCGAGGGGCCGGGCUCCGCCGACAGCAGCCCGCGCGCGCCGCGCCGCCCGGGGUCCGCGCCGCCGCCGCCGCUCUUCCACCUGGACUUCCUGUGCCGCCCGCUGCCGCCGACCAAGGAGAGCGUGCUGCGCCUCGGGCCCCGCGGCGGGCAGCUGCGGCUCUCCGCCGAGUACCAGGCGGCGCCCGGCCGCCUGCGGCUGCGCCUGGUCAGCGCCGAGGGGCUGCCCCGGGAGCGGGCCGGGCCCGGGGGCGGCGGGGGCGGCUGCUUCGUGGUGCUGGGGCUGCGGCCGCACGUCCGGCCGCGGAGCCAGCGGAGCCGCGUGGUCAGAUGCAGCGCCAACCCCAUCUUCAACGAGGACUUCUUCUUCGACGGGCUGGGCCCGGCGGAACUGGCCGCCCGCAGUCUGAGGGCCAAGGUGCAGGACAGGGGCGCGGGGUUGCGUAGGGACGUGCUGCUGGGCGAGUGUGAGGCGCCCCUUAUCGCCCUGCUGCCCCCCUUGGGUGGGGGGCCAGGGCCAGGGGCGUCCCUGGCGCCCACCCAUCUCAGCCUGUAGACGGAGACUUCUCUUGCUCAGGGGCUCUCCGUGGGGCCUGCGGUCCCCAUUCCUUCCAUCUGCCCCACAUGUAUUUAUUUUUGCUAAUAAAAGGUCUGUGUGUCUCUAGCGGGAUCUCUCCGCUUUGGGGCGCCCUGCACUCUCAGAUCUGCAGCCUACCCUCUUCCCUCUGCCUUGGCCAUACAGGGAGGGAAGAAGCUCAUUCGGAUUGUUUGAGUUGAAGCAGACCUGAAGCAGUGCUUUGCAUCGGAAUAACCAGACAUCAGAAAUCCGGGGGUGGGGGUGGGGGAGCUUGCGAAACACGCAGGGUCCUGGGC